AUGUCUAGCUCGAACAAGAGGGAGGAAUAUGAAGAGAAACUUUUGCAGUCUUCUCGAAGGGGAGACAUCGACACAGUGGUUGUAAGUAGCAAACAAUACUAUGUUUUUGUUUUUGCUAAGAAAUCACAGGCCAGACCUUCCAGGGAUUUGAAAACGCGUAGUUAUUUUAAAGAUUUAUCACAACAAUGCCAUUUACAACGCCUCAUAUUUUCUACGCUAAUAACAAUUACAACUGUCUUAAUGUUUUGCUUCGGCGUCAGUGAAAUGUCUGCAAAAUAUAAGCACACGUACAUGUACCUUUGUUUUACCGGAAAGUAUGACUGCCUUUCUAUCAUUCUCUUUGUGGAUUGUUUCCCAAAUAAAACCAUUCAUUUUAAAAGCAAAAAAAAAAACGUUGUUCCUAUGGUAAGAGAGAACGAGAAGAUCACGAGUUAAUCACUGUUCUGACUUGAAGAUUUCCCUCAUGCUUGCCCGAAUUUUUCGUUGCUUUCGAUCAGCUUGUAGAGAGAAAAAAACAAUAGCGUUAAAACUUAUAACAUCAGUCACUUCCUUACAAGCUCAUUGAAUUUAUAUCUUGUAAAUAAUGAGCCCGAUUCUUUUACAAAUCAAGUUACAACUGAGGACUGAUCCUCCGUAAGUCGGUAUUUAUAUAGGUCUUUGGCACAAAUUAGCAUAAUAGUAUUGUGCUGUUGUCGAUUCAUUGCAUGCUCUUAUUAAAAAAAAAGCUUUGUUAAAGAAGUUUUGGACUACAAUGAUGACAUUAAAAAAUAAUACAAACGUAGUUAUCUUUAUAAUUAUUUUAUAAACUCUUUUGGAUGUGAAAGCGAGUUUUUGAGUAGAAGUUUAAGUAGAAUACUCUUGUGUAUUGUUUUAUUUUAGUAUAUGUGCAUCUAAAUUCAGUUUUUGGUUCAUCAAACACAUUGACAGAUGGUGAGAUCCAGCAGGGGUAUUUUGCAGAAUGCAGAGUGGCCGCCAAAUGGCGAAUGUCUCUCAAGUUCGGUGAUUAGGGUUAAACAUUAAAUUGAGUAAAUCAGGUUCCAUUUAAGGUGACAUUAUACUAGGAAAAUGGACCUGAAACUUGAUUCACUCAGUUUCCUAACCCUAAUCACUAAACUUCAGCAUCAUUCUGCAUUCUGCAUUCAGCAUUCAGCAUUCUGCAAACUCUCACCAUCUCACAGCUCAGGUUAUCAUCUCAUGGUCUCACUACUUAACCUCUAAUUCUCAUUGUGGAUCAGAAAAACUUGAAAUUGCCAAACAAUCCCAGUUGGAAUAAAAUUAUAAAAAAAAGUCAGUGUUUAUAAUGGCCAAGUUUUAAAGGCAUGUGUCAUUGAGUUUACAGGCAAAGGCUUGUGCCAUCUUCCAUGCCACCUUCAACUAGUCCAGCUGUUAUCGACCAAAACUGUUCACUUUUAUGAUAAAAGCAUGAAACUUUGCCAGAUUACAACCAACCCUAAGACUAACAUUUUUGGAUAUGGAGCCAAGCCAAAUUCAACACUGGACACGAGUGCUGCGCAGGCCCUAAAAUGGCCUACAUGAAAACGAGGCUGACAGUGGAAAUGCUUCUAAAAUACCGGUUUUUAAGUGUUUUGGUAAAUAAAGCUUGUAGAUAUCAUACAAAAAGACAUUUGCUUUGCUGUCAUGUUAUCUUUGGUGUCACGUGACCCCUCCUUCCGAAUAUGGCGAGGCUAUUGUUGGGUGUCCUGUGCUAAAGCUGUCUUCUGUGCAUUUGUGCGUUUAAAGGGAUGAGAAGGGACACCUUUUCAGGCAAGUUUAAAUGAUAACACUCUUGAAACUAUUGUCCAAUUAUCAAGGGCUGUUUUUUACCAUACGAAUGCAAAUCAUUACAUGAAAACAAGGCAAAAAUCUUUCCAGCGGUUUGAAAAGCCUCCAGUUAGCCCCGCGUGCAGUCAUCUUGAGUUGGAUUCAUAGAACAUUGCCUAAAAGCCUGAAUUGAUCAAAAAGUGUGAUCGCAUGGCAUUUUUGCAAAGUUUUUUUCUCCACAGACGACAAUCGAAAGUCACAAGACAUAGACUUUUCCUUAAAUAUGCCAUAUUUAAGGAAUUGAAGAGCCCCCCUUUCUAAUAGUGUUAUCCACAAGAUAGUUGUAGAUGUCACUGUAUCUUAAGAGUAGGUUCUACACCAGUUUUGCCAACGAUGAAUCGACACCAUUCCAAAGAAGCAGUUUUUCUUUCAUUUAAUGAGUUCAUAGCCACAAACUGCCACGAUAUACCCUUAGUCAAAAUUAAAACCUUUAGACUUAGUGUUGUUCCCUAUACAUAUCCCAUUCAUACACUGCUCAACAGGUAUGUUGCAUGAGCACUACUCGAGUUGAGGAAACACUAUGAAGGUCACUUUACUUCUUUUUCACUUCUUGCCUGGAAUCCAUACGAAUCUCUUCCUUACUCACUGCAAAUCCUUAGCAUUUUAAUUUUUUUAGCAGUUUCCAUUUGUAUUGGUUUCUGAUUAACUGGUCUGUUGAGGAUACACUCUUAACUCCCCUUUGAUGUCUGUAGUAGAAAACUCACUUUAAAGACUGUUCUAUCUCAUGCAUUUAAUGUAAGCAACAACUGGUGAUAUUAAUUUCGACUUGAAAGGAUCAAGUGGCAUUUCUUCAAAAUUAAGGGGGUAGAGCUAUUUGGGUCGGACCACCUCCUGGAUUCAGCACUGAACCUUGUAAUUGACUUUGUUAAUAAUUGAAAGGAGAAUUCCCGAACGAUUCAUCCGUUCAUUUGAAUAUUAAUAGCUUAAUGCAGUAUCCAAACGUGGAUGCUAGAAAGUGGAGGCUAGAUUUUAAGAUCAUCAAAAGGAUUUUUGCCUUGUUUUUGAGUGGCGCUCUACAUUUAGAUGGAAAACAACAGCCAGAGUGCCAUACAAUCACAAUUUUUGAUCAGUGCAAGCUUUUAUGCAACGUUAUCUGAAUCCACCCCCAAAUGACCGCACACAGUGCUAACUGGAGGCUUUUCAAACAGUUUAAAGGAUUCUUGCCUUGUUUUCAUGUGGUAAUUGACAUUUGUAUGAAAACAAAUCCAACCUUUGAUAAUUGGAAAAUAGUUGCAAGAGUGUUAUCAUUUAAAAUUGUGUGAAUCGGUGCCCAUUCUCACCCCUUAAAACACACAAAUGCACAGAAGACAGCUUUAGCACAGGACACCCAACAACGGCUUCGCCAUAUGUGGAAGAAAGGGUCACGUGACACCAAAGAUAACAUGGCAGCAAAGCAAAUGUCUUUUUCCACGAUAUCUGCAAGUUUUAUUUACCAAAACACUUAAAAACCGGUAUUUUAGAAGCAUUUCCACUGUCAGCCUCGUUUUCAUGUAGUCCAUUUUAGGGCCUGCGCAGCACUCGUGUCCAGUGUUGAAUUUGGCUUGGCUCCAUAUCCAAAAAUGUUAGUCUUAGGGUUGGUUGUAAUCUGGCAAAGUUUCAUGCUUUUAUCAUAAAAGUGAACAAUUCGCUAUAUUUUUGGUCGAUAACAGCUGGACUAAACUGACAGCAGCGUCAAAUGAAUGCCUUUUUUUUACCUUCUUUCUGUUUUCUAGAACCUGUUACAAACUAAGACAUCCAAGAGUAAUUCCAAAAGAAUUGAUGUAAACUGCAAAGGUAUUGAUUUUAUUACUUGUUUAUGAGGUAGAAAAGGUAGGAACCACAUGAGGAAGGAAGGUAGCAAAUGGAGUGAAAGAGACAUGAGUAGAGGAAGAAGAGGGGAGGGAGGUGUCUCCAAGGAGAGAAAAACAUGUGUACCAGAAGCCAAGGGGUGUGUACUUAGAGAGAGUACCGAAAAAGGGUGACGGGGGUAUUCUAAGGCAGAAAAUUUUUAAAACCAAGAAACCAAAGUCUGAAAUAUAGCUGCAGGGGUGUGUACCAGGCAGGAACUAGGGGUGUUAAGAAACUAGGAAAAAGAUGAAUGUCUGUUAAAAGGUUGUGAUCCACAAGUGAAAAGAUCAGAAAAGAGGAGAAAAAUUAAUGGAAACCUUUAAAUAGAAUGUUGCAACUGACAAAGAAAGUGGUGAAACCUGGAGAGAACGGCAGCACGAUAACACCAAAUCUGGAAUCCGGAAACAGAAUCACUGGAAAAGAAAGGGAAUACGGAACACUGAAUCAACUGUUAAUGAUAGAAAAUUAAAGAAUUUCAAAUUGCAUAGUUUAAACUAGAAGAUAUAGGGAAUAAAAUUUAGCAGGAACAAAGGAAAAGGAGAGAAAUGGGACUGAAAAAAAGGCCCAUCUGGUUGUCCAGAACAAGCUGAUUUUUUUUGUUGUGCAAAGUAACUUCUUAUGCUCAGCGUGCUAGAAAAACGGAGUGAAGGAAAAAUUAGCCAAUCAUUGGAGAAAGAAUCAAGUUCAUUGUAUGUGAAGGCUGAGGGAAAGUUGGAAAGGUGAAAUAGUGAGAUUCUCCGUUUUGUCUCUAGGGAAAUCGAAAUCCAACCAAGGAUGGACUCCUCUUCAUCUGGCAGCUUAUUUUGGUCACAAGAAUGUUGUACAGGUCUUAUUGGAGGUGUGUCAUUUUACUAGACAAUAUCAAGGCUGUGCUCUAAGAGAAACUGAAAGGAGCCCCAGGAGUGCUCUGAACCUGUGAAAUCCAGGGUGCUCAGCAUAUGGUUUCUAAGAAAAAACUAAGUUUUCCUAGUCACCCGGGAGCAAACUUUAACCCUUUAAGUCCCGAUAGUGACUAACAUCAAUUUUCUCCUAACAAUGUCCAUUAAUUGUCAAGAGAUACAGUUAUGAGAAUAAACAAAUGAUCACCAAAGAGAAAAUACCUUGAUCUGUAAUUAAAUUCUCUCAACUGAUUCGUUAAGGAAAUGUAUGGAGAUCAGUUUGGAGAAUUUGUAUGUUGAUAUUGGGUUAAGCGCCAGAGACUACCGGUUGCUGCUAGAGCAUUACCUUAAGUAUGUAAAAAAUUUGUCAUUUUCUGAACCAAUCCAGAAGAUUUCCAAAAAAAGAUAAAAAAGACAAGAAAAGUAGCUUUUCCCCUUUUGUGCCUUUAGAGCUAAGCUUUCUGUGUAUUGUCUAAGGUGCUCAUUGUCAGUGUGCAUAAAUUAUAAGUACACAUAAUUAUCAUACCAUGUAGUCAGUAAACAGGUUAAGCUAACUGAGUUGAUUCACUUAUGGGAUGAUUGAAGCUAGGAACAAGCCAAGGAAGCUCAUUAAUUGAGUUAAUAAACAAUCCAGCUGUCUCCCUGGACUUAAUGGUACCUCCAAAAUAUUUUUUAUUAUUAUUAUCAGCCUGUUUCAGACAGCUUCCACUUUGUCACGAUGAGAGAAGCGAAUAGUGAGAAUGAAAUUCAGGGGAAGACUUCAUUCAUUUUUUUUUCAUACUAAUUUAUUUGUUAUCUGUUUCAAUUCAAUUCAAUUUCAAUUUUCUGUUUGCUCCUUACAAAUAACUGGUAGCUCGAGACAGUGUUACAGAGUUUGGUUAUCUGUAUAUAUGAAUAUCCUGGUUUUCCAGAACAUCAGCCAUUGACAAGAAGCCUCAAUUGAAAGCUUUAUUUUAUACUCUUUUUUAAUUAUGCUAUUUUUAGAAUGGAGCGGAUGUGAAUUCCAGGAAUGGAAUGGGAGAUACUCCAUUACACCGUGCCGCUUUCACUGGAAGAGCUGUAAGUGUUUGAUGAUGAUAAUGAUGAUGAUGAUAAGUUUUAUUACUGUGUGGAGGGAACUAGGUGAAAAAAAGAGAUGAAUUGAGAAAUAAUCUAUGUAACAUUCUAUUCUGAAAUCUAAAGUUUUUGAUAAAGAAUUCUUUAAAUUAUAAUGUAAUGUAUGCUAUGAAUUAUGUAGUUUCCCCAUUUUUUUGGACUAUAGCACAUUGUAGAACAAAAAAUUUAAAUAAAACUAUUCUCCAAAUAAGGUACACUUACUUCACAUUUUGCAAUCAUUCAUGACUGUAUAGACGUUCUGUGAUUUGUUUUUGUUAUUUUUGUUGUUGUAAUUGUUGUUACAAAUUCUCUAUUCCUGUGUUGCCGAAAAAUGACCAAAAACUAUGCCUUGCUUUCCCUUUGAUAGAAUCAUUAUUUUGAUAUCAACCUUCAAUGAGUUCACAGUAUGAGAAAAAAAUGACUCAGAACUUAAAAAUCUCAAUGCAGAUGCAAUGCAAAAUAUGGAAUUUGGCAUGGCAUAUAUAGCCUCUUAUUAAGUAGGAAAUGAGUCUUUACCAACUCAACUUUUUUAGGAUGUUGUCACGCUGCUUAUUCAAUACAAUGCUGAUGUGACAAUCAUAAAUGGGGAAGGGAGGAAGCCAAGUCAAGUUACAAAUAGUACAGAGGUUAAACAACUCAUCAAAGGUAGGUUUUUGUUAUUUGAUAAAUGUAAACCUGUUUGGUGCUCAGAUAAUACUGUGCAUGAUAAUGAUGUUUUUUUUACCUGUAAGUGACACAGCCAGCUCAGAAGAAUCCUAGUUUAGUGGCCUUAGAUCCCACAAGUCUCCUAUACCUCAGUGGUAGAGAAUCUGGACUAGAAACCUGGCCCUAGUUGUUGAAAAGGUGGAUUGCGCUAUCCACCGGAUAAAUCUCUAUGACUAUCAUCAUGAUGCUGGAUAGUACAAAUUAUUGGUUUCCCUAAUACUUAUCCCCUGGAUAGUGAUUUAUCUUAAUUCUGUUAAAUUUAUAUCAUGACAGCAUGCUAAAUCAAUGUGUAUACACAGGAAAAAAUAACAGAUUCCCAAUAUUGGAUAUUUUAGGUUAUUUAAGGAAUACCCACAAAAAUCCCAAAUUAACCAAAGUGAGACAAGACCCAACGAGGGAAUUCCAACCAAGUUCCCUGGUUGGGACUUGUCUCACUCUUCCAAAUUUGGGAUUUUUGUGGGGUAUUCUUUAAAUACCCUAAAAUAUCCAAAAAUGGGAAUCUGUUAUUUUUGCCUGUGAUAUGUUAUUUGUAAGAAAUUAUCAUGGAGAUUUCACAGUCCAGUGUCUUUAAUGGUGCUUUUGUUUUGUCAGCUGCUGAAAGAAGCCUUCAGCUCAGGUUAGAAGAACGUUUGCUCACAGCUGCCAGGGAAGGUGACAACAGCGAGCUUAAAAAACUGGUCAGUUUUUUAUAUUAGCUAUUUUCCUCCUGUUUCAUUCAAUGACAAUAAUUAUGUAUUUUGUACAAGUUUAAAUUUCAUUUUGUAAAAAUCCUGUUAAUGUCAUCAUGGUGGCACAGGGUAUGCACAUACAUGUACACAAAUGGCCAAUUUGCCUUGCCUUACUUUUGUCCUUGCAGGUAGAUAGUGUUCACCCUCCUAACAUCAACUGUCAAGACAUGGUAGGAAACACUCCACUCCACUGUGCAGCCUAUCGGUAAGCAGCCCCAUGAAAACAUAAGAUUACAGACUGUGUAUGAGGAUAGAAGACAUUAUUUAAUAUCCUCUAGGCUUCAUUCUAGUAAGAAAUGAGAUGUGAUUAUGGGUAGGCCCUCUUCUUAGGGUUCAGAUUAUGUCAUACAUGUAUGCAUAUAGUAGCAAAAUACAGUAGAGCCUUAAUAUGACAUACCUCCAGAUAACAAACUCCUUGGUGUAAUAAAUGAUUUUUUUCACCUCAGUAAUGGUGAAAUAAUAUCACAAAACCUUGUUAUAGCGAACAAACUGUGCCAGAUCCCUCAGUACUCAAAGUUGUCACUAUGAUUUCAAGUUAUGCUGAGUAAAUACAACAAGUAGGUGGUGAAUCAAACAGCUAGGGAUUUCUUUGGUUUCAUUUUUCUUCUACAGUAUUUUCCUAAGAAAGUAGCUGGAGGUCAUGUACUUUGUAGCCACCCUAAAAUGGCCAGCCUUUAAUAACAGCUCUCAGUGCAGUACUUUAUUUCUGUUUUUUUUUUUUCUCUUUAAUUUAGGGGACACAAAGUAAUUGCAGUUACUCUUUUACAACAUGGAGCAGAUACAACAAUCAAAAACAGUAGUGGUAAGCUCAACAUUUUGAUUAUUAAAUUUUUUCAAAACAAUAACACUUGACAUUAUUAAAUUCCUUCAAGAAUUUUUUAAAGAUAGUGACAAUGAUAAAGGUGAAGUAGUAAAUGGCAUGGUGAUAAUGGCAGUGGUAUUAAUGAUAUAUAAAGGCUGUAUAAAAUUGUGCUGAUACACUGUAGAACAGCCAAUGUAUUUCUCUUACUUCACUCCAUAUGCUAAAAAACAGUAGUGAAUUCAUAUGCAAAUGUUAUCCUUGCAUUUUGCACUUGCAUUGCUUGGCACUUAAUUAUCUUUAAUGAGCUGACCUAGCUGCAUACACAAUGAUAAAUCUUUUGUUGUUGUUGUAUUUUUCUUUCCAACUAAAAUUUAUUUCAUGCACAUUCUUUUCUUGUUUAGUUUAUGAUAUGUACACCUAUUGUAGUUUUUAAUUACGGUUAGUAAUAGAUUGCAUUGUUUUGCACUGUUAGGACAAACAGCAUUGGACCUAUCUGCCAACAAGAAAAUGAAACAACUUUUGGAUGUUCAACCACUACAGGUUACUCUGUUUUUUGUUUUCCCUUUUUAUUCAUAAUUCAAGCAAAGAGCAUCAAUGAAAAGAACAUGAAUACAAUCAUGUAUACUUGGUCCAUGUCUCAGUAUUGGUAUAAACUUUGCUAAAAAUGUCUCAUGGUUUUCUUUCUCUUUGGUUUUUCUCAAAGAAACUUCACAAAGUUGUAACCAGGCAUGAGGGCCUUCUACUCAAGGUAAUAUUUUCCUGAGAAACUUGGGUUUUAAAACAAUGAUGAAUAUAUUUUUGCAUAGGUUAUGACUUGACAGAACAAGUUUAUAAUUAUCUCAGCAAAGGGAACUGCAAUCCAGAAAGAAAGUGGAGACUACCAUUACGGCAUAUAAUGUAUUGUUUAAGCAUGCUACAGCAGUUUCUUGGGGAGGAUCCUUGCGAGACAAAAAGUGAAUCAAGUGCAAGUUAUAAUAAUUUACCUUUAAUUAUUUAUUUGUCUUGUGUGUGUCAGUUAUUCAGGGAUGCUUAUUGGUUUUUGGGGGUUACUCUUCAUCAAGUAGUUAACAAGGCAAACUAGUGCUCUUAACCUUAACAAAAAAAACCUGCUCUUUAAUAGACAUACAAUGUAGUACUGACCAUUUCUUUUUAUUUUCUAUUUAGCGCUCACGGUUUUUUGGUUGGAAGAAAUUUUGGGUGGUGUUAGAAAGAGGUGUUCUUAGCUAUUUUAACAAAAGGUAUUUAUAAUGAAUAUGCUGUCUUGUUCCUGUUUCUCUAUGUCAUAUUAUAUGCUAUUUUUGUACCUUAUUUUUUUCAUUUGUUUUUCAGAGCUGAUGCUGCUGCUAGUAUCAAGAGGCAGGGGUAUAAAUACCUUGACCGCUGUAAAUUCUUAGUGAGUUCACCCAUCUUUGUGAUUGUUUUACUGCAUUGUUAUACAUUCAUAACUCUAUCCUCUAAUAAUGAUCCAAGAACCUGUUGCACACUCAAGCUGUUGUUUUGCGGUGCACUCACCACCAAAUUCCCAUUUUCUAUUUUCAAACCUUAAAAAUAACUGAAAUUGUUAGCAGUAAAGGGCAGUGAUGUACAAUAAAGGUCAAGUGCUCUAAGAUCUCCUGGUUAUGAGUAUAACCCCUGGCUACUUUCAUAGGAAACAAAAGGAAAAUAAAACCAAAAAAAACUUCCUAGCUCUGUUCAAUUCCCCACCUGCUCAUUUCUUAUACCCAGCAACUUGAAAUCUUAGCGACAGCCCUGGUGUUGGGUGCUGCCAAAUCCCACAAAGGUAAAAACAUAUUCUACUCGGGUGCAUUGCAGGCAUUUGUUUGGGUGGAUUGAUGAGUGUGCUAGUGUAAUUGUCAUGUUGAAUUCCCAAAAAAUAUUAAGGAGUUGGAGCAAGUCAAAUGGGGAAGGUCCUAAAGCUACCCGUGGCACGAUUAGCUCAGCGUCAGUAGAGUGCUUGACUGCAGAGCGGGAGGCUGCGGGUUUGUUUCCUGGGGCCAGACCAAUACCCAGGGUCUUAAAAUAACUGAGAAAUGAAGGUACUGCCUUUGCCCUGCAAACUGGUAGACCUUCACGUGGCUCGGAUGACCAUGUAAAAUGACGAUCCCGUCUCCAGUAGGAGACGUAAGAAAUAGUGUCCCCAAUUAGUACUUUUGUGCUAAAUACAUUGACACUCAAAUAAGGUGCUUUAUUUUUACCCCAAGGGUUUCUAUUGCUACUCUUCCUUGUCCUCCUCGUAGAUGGCAACCACAGCAAUGUGAUUGUGAACAUAAAUAACCAUUCUUUGCUGCUCGAGAGAUAUACUUGCAUUGUAGGCUGAGAAAAGUUCCUGUCUUAACAUUACAUCGUGUUUUGGUUUAAGGUUCCUAGAGAUGAAAGACACAAAAUUAAAAUCCAUUAUUCAGACAACACUGUUCACAUCUGGAGUAUCCCCACCAGUGAAAAGGCUCCACAAGUGCAGAGACAGGUCUGUAACAGGUUCAUUAUAUCCAUGUAGCUUAGCCUUCUAAUACAUCUAUCUUUCAUCGCUGCGGUGGGUUAAGAGCAAGGAAAGGCGGCUACAUUUGUAGGCUAUAUGAAGCGUGACUCAAGAAAAAAUUGUUUGGAAUUUUUCAAUUUAAUCUAUGUGGUUGUUUGAUAACAAUGCAAAGCAUGUCACGUCAUGUAACUGUUUUCUGUCGCAGUGUUUUAAUUUUAAGUUUAUCUUUUACUGAAAGCUACCAAUAAUCUUUUUAUCCACUUUUGACUUUUUUUUGUUGUUAAAAUGUUUGCUUACAGCCGUGAAAGCCUUCCACGUGGCAUUUGUCUCAUUGUUGAAAACUUAGUUCGCAGAGCCCAAGUUUAUUUCUCACGCCUGUAGUUUAACAAGCCAAAGGAAAGGCAUUCGUGAAAGUGUGUGACUUGUGUAAUCAUUUUUUUUUCAGCGUUGGUUGAACUCUCUUCAUGAACACUGUGCCUACAGUACAUUUUACACGACUCAGCCAACACUGUUGAUUGAUGAUAACGAACAAGAUGUUAUUCCACUAGGAAACAUGCGUGACUCCCUCAAGGUGAGUCCUUAUUAUAGUAAAAUUAUGAAGGGUGGCCAGUGGUGUGUAAUAGUAAAGACUUGUAGAUUCUAAGACGCGUACGACUACUAGAACGACAUUUUCUCAAUACUAAGUAGCGCGCGCUCGUGAAGUUGGAAAGAAAACGUGAAAGCCAUUGUCAUGCUACUACGAGUUUAGCGAAAACGUUGUAGUGACGGAAACAAGUUAUCAAAUGUUAGAGGUUUUUAUGAUUUUGUGAUCGGGAGAGGCCUUAACCUCUUUCAAUAAAAAUAACCGUGCUAACGGGCCCUUAUGGAGAAAAAAGUGCAGUGAAGCUUUCUGGGGUGUCCAUUUUAUGACAAUACCCGAAAGAACUUGAAGUCAAAUCUCGUCCUCGUCCUCCACUCAAAUAGUCUAUUACUGUGAUCCUGGCCGGUAAUUAGUUCCUUGUUGAAUACCACUGUUCCACUUGGAAACACGCAAGACUCCCUCAAGAUGAGUGCUUAUCAUAGUAUAAUUUUCCUGGAGUGGGGGGCGGAGGGGGGGGGUUAUGUAAGUAAGUCAGAGUAGUGUAUUAAUGUGCUAUUAAGGGGUACCCAACUCCCACUAGUAACGUUUACGAUCCAGGCCUAUUUUAGAAGCGCUUAUAUGGAGUCGUCGUAUACAAAUCUCCUCUGCUAUCCCACAUACAUAUGUUUAGUUCGGUGUGACGCGCUGGGAAUUGUUUCUUUGGUGUAAACCCUCUCCCCCACUGGAAAACACGAAAGCCCCCGUGAGUGUGGUGUUUUUAAAUAAAAUUGUUUGUGGGGGGGGGGGGGGGGGGGGGGGGGGUUAUGUAAGUAAGUCAGAGUAGUGUAUUAAUGUGAUAUUAAGGGGUACCCAACUCCCACUAGUAACGUUUACGAUCCAGGCCUAUUUUAGAAGCGCUUAUAUGGAGUCGUCGGAUCAUAACGGUGCUUACAUCACCCCACCAAUUUGCACCAACAGGCUCAAUUAUUGUUAUUUCUAGAUACCGUAAAAUUCCGAAAAUAAGCGCUGGGGCUUAUAUUUUUCAAAGGCCCUUUUUAAGGGGCUUAUUUUUGGAGGGGCUUAUUUUCGGAGGGAAAUUUGCGUUUCAAAAUCGAUUGGGCUAGCCUUAUAGUUGCAGGUAAAUUUACCGUUUUUGCUUUGCUUCGUUUUCUAUUUGAGGGUAAUUUUCCAAGUACAAACCUCCGGGGGGCUAAUAUUUGGAGGAGCGAUUUAACGGGGGGUUUUUUCGUUACCGGUUUGGGGGGCGUAUAUUUGGAGGGGCUUAUACAUGGAGGGGCUUAUUUUUGGAAUUUUACGGUAUGCCAACGAAUCCCAUAAUUGCACAAUUGCACACAUUUUUGUGAUGUCGUCACCUCUCUUCUCUCAAAAGCAACUGCAGAUGGUUGAAUUUUUUCAGGCUUUUCUUUCGCAACUGUAUUAGUCGUGUCUUUCAUUGCAAGGAUCCUCUUUGCUCUUAUUUCUCCUCUUCUCUUUUUUGUGUGAGAAGUAAUGUUGCUAUUUGCUUGCAUUCCAGAGCGCUCGGGCCCAUCAGCAGCUUUUAGACCAGCAAGUCAGUGGAGUUACCCAUGUAAUCGCUGAUUUUUCAAGCUCAUCUUCCACGCAGUCCAACACCAAGGGUAAGAUGUUUUUGUGCUCGUUCAACCAGUAUACACUCCCAGUCCGGGCCUCGAAAGAAGUGCUGUCCGGUCGUUCAGGGCAAGGAGAUUUUCUUUUUUGGCAAGUAACUUUUUCACCUCAUUUGUCCAACGGGUGAGCGUCCGGGUAGAUCAUCUGGUAACAAAAUCAUUAACUAAAGCUAGUAGGUAGUGGCCCUGUGGAGGCAAAAUGUGAGAGAUGCUUUCCCAAUAGCCUGUUCUAACGUUGUUCAGGCUCUCAGAUACUAUCUCGGAGCUUCGAACAGGCUACUUGCCCAUAGGAUAAAGCUAGACAAGCUGGAAUUCAAACUUUUUUCGCGCCCUGCUGAUUCUCGUGAUAUCAUUGGCAGAUCUAGGGAAUGAGUCCACUGAACUUUACAAAGAACACAAGGCAGCCUCAGCUUCCACUCGCUGACCUGGUUUUUGCUUUUUUGACUUCUUGAAUAAGUAGUGCGUGACAUGUACAGUCAACGACAGGCGUCUUGUAGCUAUGUUAAUUCAAAGAAAAUGAAUUACUUUCCAUAAUAUACAGGAGAUGCACUUCAGUCAUCUUAAUCAUUUUCGUAGUCAUCAUGUUGCGUGUUUUUGCUACAGGGAGUUUACUGAAGAUCAGUGAAAAACUGAACGAGGUAGUAGCCACUGCAAGGAACAUGUGUAACGCGCUCACUCACUGCUUAGAUCUUCUCUCGCAGCAGGAAGAGGUAAGUUGAAUCUGAAAAAACUUCAUUUCUUGAAUUAUAGAUUCUUUGAGCCGCGAAGCUCUCAGAAACCUCUAUUUUUAUUGGCCUUUGAAUACCCAUCUUGUAAGGCACGAGAUUUCCUUUAUAUUUCUUUUUCUUUUUUUUUUUACUUUUUUUCCUUCCCCAAAACUUCUCUUGUAACCCCUUCUGUUUCCGUUUCUAUUGCCUUUGUCACUAAAUUCUGAAGCAUUUUACUAAGUUAUUUGUCUUUAGAACAAAACGCUCCGAAGGGAAACAGAGCGAGAAAGCAAACGUAACCCUCGUGAUACUUGCUUUUGGUAUUACUAUAAGUAUCUCAGCUGACGUCCUGUACGUUAAACAGAAGCAUGCUUCACGUAAACCAUGCGCAGGUUCUGCAAAAAAGUGUUUCAGUUUGCAAAUUCUGUUCCGCUUUUGUUUUCAGGUGCGAGAUCUUAGAUUUGAAGAAGAGGUGGAGAAGCGGCGAGUUCUUGAAGAUGCACUACAUGUGCUUGCCACAGAGCACCACGCCUUAGAGUGUUCCAUUGGAGCUCACGAGGUAAAAGAGAGAUUCCCCAAAAAUCAAAGAAUCUCACAAUCGGCCAUUUCCGAGUUCCCCCUGGCCUCUGUAUCAAAACGAGGUAAAGUGCUCAGCCUUUGAUAAGGAAAUGAUUUUUCAUUCUCAUGCAAAUAAAACUCAUUUUCACAAGAAAGGUUGUACACUUAGGAAGUGGCCUAUUAUAAUUAGUGUUUUGAGAAGAUUAGCCUUUUGGUACAUUCAUAUAAAGGGAGAUACGGUAUGACUGUUAAUUGACCCUUUUUGCAUUUUCAUAAGUGCUCGAUUUUACUCAUUCCUUUUGCUGCUGAGUUCUUACCCAGACCAAAUCAUCCAUACCCCCCCCCCCCCCCCCUCUUUAAACAAAAAAUUUAUCAACCCAACCAAAAAAACCCACACAUUAUUUUUUUUUUUUCGCGCUCAGGUUACUAUAAAUCUCUCUCUCUCCAAUAUCUAGGCACCCCUCUCCCUUGCCCGAACACAUUAUGGCCUUAUAUAAUUAAUGGUUUUAGAAAAUUUACCUUUUGGUACAUUCUUAUAAAGGGGAAUAUGGUAUUGAUUUUUAUUGACCCUUUUUGCAUUUUCAUAAGGGCUCGAUUUUACUCAUUCCUUUUUCCCCUGAGUUCUUACCCCGACCCAAACCUCCCUACCCCCCCCCCCCCCACCUUCUUAAAAGUCAAAUGUUCGAACCCUAACGACAUUACACAGUCCUUAAUUAUUUUAUUGCGCGCUUGAGUAUCAUCUAACUGACUGUCUCCCGACAUUCAGGCUCCCCUUCGCGAUCCCUCGAAAAAUUACUCGCCUUUCUGUUAUUGAAAAUUAUGUAAGGACUGUCUUGACACUGCGGUUCUGAUUCUGCGAAAAGGGCGGCAAAAAGUGCGAUAGAUUUAAACAGUUUGAAGAAAAAUGUUGUCUUUCAAUUUACGGUAUCAUUGAGUCAAAAACAGUUUGCUUGAUUUUGUUUCUCUCUAGUCCGGUGUAUAAAUUUGCACCAGCGAGACAUUGCCGGUAGACAUGGUGGAUUGGUACUGUAGCUCUUUCUUGAAACGGCAUGGGCCGACGGUUUAAGUCGCCGUAUUGAUUGGACAAAACAAAAACGUGGUCGGACUCAUUCCAUGACGCAGUGCGCAUUGUACACGACGGAAUCGCAAAUACAUUGUAUUGCCAUAUAUUCUCUGUACUAACAUUAUUUCGUUGGUUCAACAAUUGACUUGUGUUCGUAGAUUCACUGCUCACUGCCUACUCGCCAGUUUGAAUCGGUUAUUGAUAACCUUUAUUUGCACUGCUGCAUGUAGUUGUUCCAGGCUAAUGAAUCAGAUGGCCUAAGGGUCUUGACUGCGCCUUAACUUAUCUAUUGCACUGAUAAUUAUGUUUUUCCCCCUAGUAUAUCCACGGAAGUCGCAUGACACUGACAAGCGACUGCAACGAGGAGUUCUUCGAUGCCAGGUCCGACAUCGGAUGCGCUCCUCUAGACGUCGACUUGCUCUCGGACGAUGACAGCGAUGACGGUGACGACUACGUGCCGUGCGAGGCUGCACCCAUCGUGGCCAAUGACGAAACUCAUAGGAAUCAUUUGGAAGCCGUUGCGGAGCCUAGUAUUAGUAUGAAAAGAGCGAAAUCUGGUGGACAAUUAGGGAACUUAAACAGACUUUCUUUAAUGCGUAGCACGUCGGAUACUGAUAUUGCUUCAAAAUCGGACGUUAGAACUUUACUGGAUUGUGAUACCGGUAGUUUGUUGAAAGUCAAGUCGGCUUCUAGUGAUAUGGAACAGACUGCAGCGCAGUAUAGGAAACAAGCAGCAGAGAAGCAAGCGCAGGGAAUAGUGCGCUACAGGUAGGAGUUUUUAGCCACAACAUUACCAUGUUUUUUUUUUUCCACCCCUUUUCCUGCCAAUCCGAGAUUUUACUGGAAAGGUUGGAGUUCUCAUAUUAUGCUACAAUUUCGGAUAAAAGUUGUUGGAAAGGUUGUUAAUAGUAGUCCAUUUUAACUUUCAAAACUGACUGUUUUCUCUUUUGCUAAUUACCCUCGUCUCCGCUAUUCAAUGUUGGGAUAUAACAGGAAAAUUACCGGCACAAACACUCAAGUUUUACUCAACAUUGAGCUAGGGGUGAAGGAAACAAGAAAAAAAGAGGUAAAAAGUAGCAGCCUUCCCAAUACUGUUGACGAUGAUUGUAGGUUUGAGUUGAUCCUCUUCUUUUUCUUCCUAGAACUGCUCUUCCUGUGGCUAUGCUUUCAAGAAACGAGUUUAGUGUCUGGACAGUCCUGCGUCAAUGUAUAGGAAAGGUAUUUUAGCGCUAUAUUCCAUGCGCAGCAGCGUUCAAGCAGUAUAAUCUUAAACAUGACCUUUUUUGUCCUUAAAAAAAGAGCACCUAAAUUUAGAACGCUUUUCUUCCUGCCUAGUUCUGUUGAACACCAUCAAAAGGCUAUGGUCGCUUUCGAUUUUGAAAUGAUCAGUUAAUAGUUAGAUCUGUUUCUUGAAAUAUCUCUAUAAGAAGAGCUCAAUCCCCAGUCGCUCCAGGAGACUUAAAGCGAGACCCGAGAGGCAGUCAUUGAUAUGGUCGCGUCAAGGCUUCACUUGCACGUCUCAGUCAUAGAAAGGCACCGUAUGAUAUAUACAGAGCCUUGAAUCUUACCCUCCUCGCCUGACCUCUGUAAGAAGUACUUUGCCAUUAUUUUAAUAGUUCACUUUGUUUUUUUCCUUUUUCCAGGAUUUGUCUAGAAUUGCAAUGCCAGGUGAGUAUUAACAGUUCUGUCGGUAGUACAAUAUUCCGCCGCUUCGUGAACAGAUACAAAAAUACAUGGUUUCAUUGUUUCACUCCAGUCCUCAGUUGAAAGUUAAGUUCAGUUUACGUUAAAACCCGAGAUCCUAUCUGUACGUUGUGUUACUUAUGAUAUCUUUCGGGCAUGCUGAUGUUAGGGGUGUAACGAUUCAUAUUCCUUGCGAUUUCGAUUAUUGCCUUUCGAUUUCGAUUAUUUCGAUUCGAUUUUGUAAAUGUUUCUUAAUUCUUAUAACAUAACGCAUAAUGUAAACAACAUGCAACCCUAAACCCUCAAUUUGAGAAUAGUAGCAGGGACAGGAGGAUUCACAGUCGCUUGGUUCGUCGCCAUGUUUGAGAACCUGACAAAGAGCGUGUCGCACAUAGUUUGUCUUAUUUGGAAAUUCUCAAGGGGUGGUUUAAGGACAGCAUUUUUACCGGGCAACACAAAAUGGCGCACGAAAUGCUAUCGUAUUUGCUCGUCCAUCUUCAAUUCACAAUUUAAAACGUUCUGGAUUCCAAUUUUACAAUAUAAUAACUCACCAAGGGCACUCUGGAAAAGGUGUGCAAAAAUCGAAACGUAGAAGCAAAGAAUCGUGAAGUUCCGUGAACGGAACGGUCAUAAUCGCGAUUAAUCGAGAAUUCUAUUAAUCGUUUCACCACUAGCUGAUGUGUCAAAUAUUUCGGCUUUCCUGAGUGGAUGAAUUUUUUUGGAUGCCAUUUAUAAUUUAAUUUGCAAAAAAAUGUGAGCUGUACCAUACAUGUAUGUGGCCGCGUACUUAAAGCCCACCGUUCUCUAACUUUCAGUUAUUUUCAAUGAGCCGUUAACGUUUCUUCAGCGCGUGGCAGAGUACAUGGAGUAUGUCUACCUGCUCCAUACUGCAGCCAGUCUAGAUGAUCAGCUUCUUCGCAUGCAGGUAAUUGGUUCUUACUUGUUAGCACGUAAUUUUGUUAAGAAAAAAAAACUUAGUGAAUUUUAAGUGAAGAUAUGAUCGUCGCAGUGGUAAUUGCAAUUUAAGCAAAAGCAAAUCCCCCCCCCCGCCCCUCCCAAAAAUUCCAGACUUCAACGGGGUUCGAACCCAUGGCCUUUGCGUUAGCGCUGCAGUGCCCUACCAAGUGAGCUAUGAAGACCGAUACAUUGGGAGCAAGCUAAAUAGACAGUACCAAAGGAAAGUAGUGAAUUUUCUCACAUUAUUUUUUUAUUAUUUUUUUAGUACGUCUGUGCAUUUGCUAUAUCAGCCACUGCGUCUAAUCUAGAUAGAGUAGGAAAACCCUUUAAUCCACUGCUUGGGGAGACCUAUGAACUAGUUCGGUGAGUAUUGAGAAAUUUGCCUUUUAUUUUCCUAUUUCUCCUAAAAUUCUGACCUGUCGACCCAUGAAUCAUUAUAUUGUUGUUGUUGCUUUUUUUAGGGAAGAUUUGGGUUUCAAGCUAAUUGCAGAACAGGUUGGUGAAAUCCUUUUUAACAAUCAGAUAACUCUCAAGUCCAUGUGUUUUAUUCUGCCAUAAGAUAAAUUUUCGCUCAGUUAGGUUUUUUUUCUGAUUCAGAACGAACCUUUAACUUGUUGUAAAAUUCGUUUUCCUAAGAUAAAUGAAGCACCCAUAGAAUUAAUUCCAACUGUUUGUAGAGGUUCGAUAGUGCUGGAAUUUAAAACUAUCAAAAUAUGAUAAAAUCGACCUUUUCAACCCUUUGGGCCAAAAACUGGGAACAUUUUACGUCAAGAGGGAGGUUAUAAAUUUAAGUAAAUUUAAAUGCAUGUAUCUUUGUCCGGAGGGGGCAUGAUUAAUCCUAUACAACUGUUUUUUCAACGGAAACGUUGCAGCAUUACAGUAGUUUCUUUCACUUUAGGUCAGUCAUCACCCUCCAGUGAGUGCCAUACAAGUGGAGGCCGAUGGAUUUGUGUUUCACGUCACUGUUCAACCUAAGUUGAAAUUCUGGGGAAAAGGAGUCGAGAUUCAACCCAAGGGAAUGAUUACGCUCAAGUUUCCAAAGUAAGUGUGAGUGUUUGAUUGAACAGCCACAAACGUAUGCAGGGAUGUUGGCUUUGAGGUGUUUUUAAAGAAGAAGAGAAUACUUCUUGUUUAAAAUUCUAGGUAACGAAAAGAAGUAAAGAAAAUUGAGAGAUUUAGAGUCGCGCCUACGGCAAACGGCAAACGUGAGUUUGUACCACGUGACCAACUUUUCCCUUUCCUUGUCGCUUACUGAUUUUUACAACUACAGUGAAACCUCUAUUAAGCGGACCCCCAAUUAAGCGGACACCCUCUAUUAAGCGGACACUAUGCUGGGCCCCGAAGCGAACGUCUGAUAUUCCCCUUUAUAACGAACCCCUAUUCAGCGGACACCUGGUGCAUGUUGUUAAAGAAGCUAUCCAGAGUUCAAGUUCAUUACCUUUCAUUAUCAACUAAAUGCAAAAACACUAACUUACUUCAAUACGUAUUUCAAGGACGUAAUCCAAUACUACUAUUGUCAAUUCAGUCCUAACAAUUACAGUAACUGUUGUGAGUCCUCAAGUCCUCGCUUAUUCCAGCAGUUGAUCCAGAAAAUUGCCAUGUGACGAAGAGAUUUUAGACGGCUGCGACAACUUUUUUAUUCUUUUGUCCCUUAGACACAAUGAGGUCUACACGUGGAACAAUGUGAAUAGCUGUGUACAUAACAUAAUUGUUGGACAACUCUGGAUCGAGCAAGUAAGUGAUAUUGGUGCGGGGGGGGGUGGUGGGGGAGCCCCGUAUAAUGGGGGACGGGAGGGUUAGGGGUCGGAAGGGGAAAAUAGCAGGAGAUAAGAGUCUAAAAGGUCGCAAGCGGGAGAAAUGAGGGGAAUUUCGCAACAGUAAUAGUUAAUAUUUGGCAGUCAAAAAAGGGAUAAAGAGAGGAAGCCAAGAAUAAGGGCGGGAGGCGGGAGGUUUGAACUCCACUGUAUCCCCCGUGACCUCUGGCACACCCAUUUGAAAAACAUCCGCCUUACAGAGGUUGAUUGUCUCGUAGUGAGUUUCAGACAACCUCAGCGAUUUGUUCCCAGCAAACUUUCAGGGGAACUGUUCCUUUCUCUAAAGUGUCUUGCUUCUCUUCCACUUCAGUAUGGUCAAAUAGAGAUAACAAAUCACACAACAGGAGAUUACAGCGUGCUACAUUUCAAGCCGGGUGGCUGGUUUGGAAGAGAACUCAACAAAGUAGAAGGUUCCAUCUUUUCUGCCGAGUAAGUUUAAAUGCUUGUUCAACUUGAUGAUAUUUGGGCAAAAGACGGUCAAAUGAUACUCUCUGUGAAGUAUUAAGAUUUUUGAGAUGCACCCCAGCUCCCUAUAAUUUUAGGUGUCCAAAAGGCGACAUAAAAGGGUCAGGUUGGAGAACGGAUCUGUUUUUUUAUCAAUUUUUUGAAACACUGUAACAACCUGCGAGUAAGAACCUGCAUUUUUCAAAAUCAGCCUGAACAGAUUCUUAUAUUAAUGGUAAUUUGCCCACUUUUAGGCUAUUUAGGUUCUUAAAUAGGUUCUUAUUUUCUGAAGGAAAAGUUUACGAAGUACCUAAGAGUACUUGUAGCUUAUUUCUUGUAUAAAAUCUGCAAACCAAUACAUUUCAGUUGGAGUGAUAAAGCACCCACGUCUCCAAAGACGUUCCUGGAUGUUGACCCAAGUGUACAGAAUUUUUUUUUAUAGGUUUUUAAUAUAAGAACCUGUUUCCAAUUUUAGGUUUAACAGGUUCUUGUAUAGAGGGGACCUGGCUGGUAAAUUUUAGCCUAAACGGUCUUUAAAACCGUUAAUGAAACACUGCGUCUCAUGCUUGAGAGGGUAUUACUUCCUGCCGCUCUUGUGCGAAACACCUACCUACAGUAUCAUAAAAACUCUGACUCUUCUCUCCUUUACCACAGCAAGCGAAAGCGAUUCAUCUUGAGAGGAGACUGGACGAAGGACAUCCAAUGUUUCACCGUGGAUAAAUUCACAAGGAAAGAUUCCAAGAGAGAAAGCAAACGGCGGCGAUCAGACACGAGUGAAGGGAGCAGUAACUCAUCCGCAGUUUCUCUUAAUAGUUUUAGUAGUGGAAGCAGUGACGGCAGUGUUACUGUGGAUACUUCCACUCCCACGGAUCUCUGGAGCUUUCAAGAGAGGCCACCCCAUAGUAAACAGGUUAGCGGGGAGGAGGGGGUGUGUAGAUAGAAACACCAUUUUGUGAAGAGAGGGGUGGGGAGUGGUUUUGACCGUUAAAAGAGUUGCAGCAGUUUUAAUGUGGGCCGUGUAACCUCUCUCUGGAGCUGUCAUGGGAGACAAGCUGAAAACACGAGGCAGUGGGAGUGGUGUGGAAAAGAAACCAGAGGGGAGGCCUGGGGGAAUAGAACUCGAACUAGGCUCCUUGUGCACCUAAGUGAUAUUGGAGAUUUCAGGUCGUGCCUCGUAGUAAAUGGGACUACUGUUUCUAACAAUAGACGGAGUUGUGUAGAUGGCGUAGUAGUGCGUGUUAGACUUGUCAGUAGACGAAGGUCCCCCUCAUAAGGGGCCCAUUUUACUUUCCGUCAGUUUAGAGAAGUGAUCGUUGAGACAUUAAGAUUCACGUUUACGCCAAACGGCAGACGUGAAUUUGUACCUCGUGACCAAGUUUUCCCCAUAUUUUCCGCUUACUCUUUAUUGCUUCUACGCAAAAAUAAGUAGUUUUAUGCCAGUUUCAACCACAGGAAUCGUUCGGGACUGUUUUUAUCUGCUUAUUUUCUAUUCUGAGAAAUUCUCAGUUUGAGUCUGACGUUUACCGUUUAUGGUAAACGUGAAUCUUAAUCUCUCCAGUAUGCCUUUGCCUGUACGUCUGAGGGUCACGUGCCAUAUUUUAUUUCGUUUAGAUGUAUAAUUUCACUACCUACGCCAUGCAGCUGAAUGAACUUCAUGAAGACCAACAGCCCUUGGUAAGGCAUACGUUAAUCUAUGAGAACGGACAGACAACUUACUUCAAUCAGCAAAAGGGUAUUUCCACCCGUAUGCAUUUUCCUUAGCUUUAUUCUGAAGUUCGAAAUCACAUGGAAAGGAGAGCUGCAAGAAAACGCGCGUCGCCGUAAUGGCGCCUCGCACUUUCUUGCCUUCUUUCGCGUGCCGCUUGUCUGUGACUUUUCGCGAUAUUCCUCCACAUUGAGAGCUGACUCGCAGGGUACUUUUGCACUUGUGCAUCAUGCAAGUAAAACCACAGGAAAAGGAAUCGAAUUAUAUCCUAAUUUUUCCCUUUUCAAAGGUGCUGGGUAAGAAGGGUCUCUUGAAGGGGUAUUUACUGAAUAGUGUUUUAAACGUUAUGAUGAUGAUGAUGAUGAUGAUGAUGAUUAUUAUUACUAUUAUUAUUAUUAUUAUUAUCAGAAAAGAAUGAGGAACCUUAUCACAUUGCUAUUACUUGGAUUAGAACGUUGCUUUCUUUUGAGUUUUUAAGGUCCGUACACACAUGCGUAAGAGGUUCAAGGUCACCCUUCCACAAAAUUCCACAAGGGGAUUUCAUUGAUGACUGCUGCUUAAAUGCUAUUAGUAUUUUAGGAUCUUUUUAAUAUUUUUAUUUCAUUUUUAAUCGAAAUGAAUUGUUUUUAAUGGAAAUGAAUUUUUUUUUAAUCGAAAUGAACAGGAGCUUAUGAAAUAAAAUGACUUGUAAAGAGUGCUUUGACUGAAUGCAUAUUUUUUCUUAUUACUUUUAUUAUUAUUAAACGUUUUCGUUUCAAUCUUUUUUCAUAGUUACCACCCACGGAUUCAAGGCUCAGACCCGACUGUCGAGCACUAGAAAAUGGUGACUUAGGUAAGUUGUUGCAGGGAUAAAAAUUGUACCCUUCUAACAGAGGUUUCAUUCCGGCGUGGUUUUAAGUCGUUCGCGUCAAUGCCAUUCGCAAAAAAACAAACCAUUUACGCGAAUAACAGCGACACGAACGACACCACACAUGCUAAUAGCCAUUCCUUCAAGAAACCUCUUCUCACAGGUUAGUAAACUUCGUCAGAAACUUUAGGGAGAAUGAGUACAAGCUUUGAGUGCAGUGGUUUCCAGGAUCGUUGGGGUGGACAAGCGUUAGUUAUGAUUGGUCGAUGGUAUCCCAGGCAACUAUUAACCAAUCACUGAUUGCGGGCGACAAGAGGAGCCCUUAAUGCUAAUCUCCAGGUUGUUAUUACACAUGCGUCGCAUGUAUGUAGCCAGCAUUCGUUUGGACUUUAACUAAGAAUGAAUGGAAUGCACAGAACGCAAUUUGAUCACACGCGUUCGGACUUUCUACCCUCGUAAACCGAUCACUCACUUUUUGACCAUCUGUCAUGUAAAACUUACGCAAAGCACAGCGUUAGGGCAAAGGCGUUUUUACCUUCGAUCGUUGUCGCCCGCUUCCCUAACCUUUGGUUAUUACUAGUAAGUAAGGCUUAUUCACUCUAACGGCCCCAGAAAUCGUUGUGCCGGAAGCUUGUACCCAUUCCCCCAUAUAUAGUUUCUGGAGUGGGGAGUUGUAAAGAAAAUAACGUUUGGGAACUUCGGAAAGUGGAUAUGGCGGGCUCGUAACGUAGUUGAAGAGUAACUUGAAAAGAAAAAAAAUUGUUGCUGCUAAUCCUGGAUAAGCGUUUUCCAUAUUGAUUGUUAUUUUAUAUCCACAGAUAAAGCUACUCAAGAAAAAAUUCGAGUCGAAGAAAAGCAACGUGCGGCUAAAAGAGAAAGACAAAAGAAAAAUGAGCACUGGAUCCCAAGGUAAUAGUUCGUUCCUUUUUUUCUUAAACUCUUCUGUUGCCGGCGUCGAUUUAAGGUCUUACCUUUCAACUGAAACCUCGGCAGCAGUUCUUUUACGUGGUAAAAUUUGUUUUAAACUCAGUACUUUGAUGCUUGGACAUUGUGGGGCCAUCUGGCGGAAAAUUCCUUAAUUCUUAGCAGAAAAUCAAAUGGUACAAGAGCUCGGUGUACUCUUUCUGACACUGUGGGUCUUGUUUUUUUUGUUCCAUAACAUACGGAUUCGUACGCAGUCUUCUUGCACAUGCAAUUCUCCUAUCAAAACAAGGGUUUCCAAGAGCUUCGUUGCUCCAGACUUCCUGCAAAGCUUCCUUGAAUUCAUGUGCCAACCAGCAAUGCUUGUAUUGCGCAUGUAAACCUGCUUUAUCAUCAUUCAGCAGUGUACCUUGUUUCAUUCUAGAUGGUUUAAAGAGGACAUGAAUCCUUACACCGGUCAGAUGGACUGGCUUUUCACUGGAACCUACUGGAACAGGGAUUGGAAAUCAUGUCCGGAUAUCUUUUAAAGUUUUUGUUCUUAGUCUUUAACAAAUUAGCAAAAUGUCCUGCCUGUGAGUUCGUCUGAGUAAAAGGUCUCUGCCGGUCAGUUUCGACCAGAACGAAUAGUGGGGAUCUAAUUAGCUCUGAACAAUGAUUUACUAGAUUUGACUGAAUCGCAGGUUAGACUAGGCUCAGUCUUCAGCUGGGGGUGUCUCGAUUCCCCUCAUCAAUAACUGGCGCAUCGAGACGCCCACGUCUGAGAUUAGACCUGUGCAAACAGUACAAGAUUUCAUUAAGGUCCUGCCAGGGCGAAAUUCGACAAUCUACAUGGCACCAAAGAGCAACUAAACCACGUUAAAUGAAAUCAUAACAAUCUUCCUGCGAUUUCUCUCCAUUUACGACGACGAUGAUGAAAUAUUCACAUAAGACGGAGGGAACUCGGUACACCUCCCCUGACAGGACCUCUUGGGUGUCUGUACUUUGUACUAAGUCUUAUUUUAUUUUUCUACCAGAUCACAACUCAUUAACAGAAAUCUUUCCUAGUAUGAUCAAUUGACUAUUCCCAUUUUAUUCUGCGGGUGAUGAGAGGGCCAGGAAACAAAAGACCUCGCGAUCUGAGCUCGGCAGGGGAGACGGUAUCACUAAUUUGCAGCUCAAUUACAGAUGGCCCUGUCACCCUGCUUUGCGCAAGAAUUAAACUAGCUUUAUCUGACCGACGUUUUGCGGCGCACUUGGUAAAAGGUUUUCCCUUCCUAUUAGAAAAAUCAGGAAAUUUUUUCAAUGGAUUUUUGAAAAUUAAGUCUCCCGUACCUUGUCCACCCAAUAUUUCAGACUCAUAUAUGCAACAUAUCUUUUGCGCAGGUCCAGGUCUUCAUCGGAAAACAUCAUUUGCAAGCGUUAUGUCAGUCGCAGCUCUUCAGGAAGACUGCGAUUCAAUUGACUAGUUAGUGGUUUCCAUAGGCACAUGUAUAUUAACCGGCCACAUCUUUUCAGUUAUUUGUCGCCCUAUCGAUCCCAGAAAUCUUAGUGCCAACUUUGUGGCUUAGUCUCUCCCGAUUUACUUCCGGAAAGGCAAAUUCCUUUGGUAGUGUGGGAAUUUUUCCAUUUUUUUAAGCCGAUACAGCAGCACAGUGAAAUCCCACUUUUCUUAACGCUCCUGGGAAAAGAGGUAUUUGUUCGAAUUAUCAAAAGGUUCGAAAUACUAGGGGGAAAAUAAGGCUAUUGCAUUUAAUUAGUAUGCACAACAUCCGGGUUGAGACCAGGUGGAAUUCCUCAGGGGUAAGUUAUAAAGGUUUUGGGACCCGUCAGGGGUAAAUGCAACAUGAUGGAAGUUCCCACGGGUAAGAAAAAACGGUAAAUACUCAUCCCGGGGGUGCAGCUAUUGGAUCAUAAUUUAACGUCUCUGGGAAAUUGCCCACCUACCCCUCCCCUAAGUCAACAUUUU